AUGAACGAAAUCAAACUUAUUGGAAAUAUUCUGGCUGAAGACAAUGAUUCAGACGAAGAACAAUUCAAGCGGUUCACAACAACUAAACGCCACGUUCUUCUUAAUAAAGACGAACUUGAGCAGCUCAUUGAAAGACCAACAUCUGCUCUAUCUUAAAUUAAUUUAAAUUACUGAUAGCAAUGCAAUAAUCAAGGACCCCACAAGAUUCGUCCGUUUGGCACCCCUAGGAGAUUCCCUGCAUUUGAUCCCAAUGAUUCCUAGUAAUUCGCGUGCACUACCUUCAUCUCCUCUAGCUAUUAAUGCUAUGUAAAGUUAGAGACAUUUUUUUUUUCAAGCUCCUCAUUGCAACCAGAUAUACAUUGACUGCUCUAUUGUGAGUGGCAGAUUAUGGAUUUUUGAAGCCCUGCCAUGAGAGUGUUUGGUCAAAGUAUGGAUUCUUAGCAGCUAUAAGAAAAAGAACUAAUCCAUAAGGCCCAGGGAGAAAUAAAUUUUGACGUUAAUGAAAAUUGGACUCCAAGGAAAACAGGCCUCUGUUUUUUUUGAAGUAGGCCUUCAGGUUUGAGGAUGCCUUUGCCGAAGAGGGAAGUUUUAUUUCUCCCCGAAGGUUUUCCUAUCCUUGCCAGAUGGGCUAGAUAAGUUUCGCCUAUCAGAUAAUUUCCCUGUAGGAAUCAUCGGAGCACUCUGCAGAAGGUAGCUCUGCCCUGUGAAGCUAAUCUCUUGGACAGGUAGUUCAGGCCGGAAAUUUAAGAUUCAACCUUUAUUUCCCUAUUUUGCCUCAAGGGGUGAGGGAGGAGGCUGUUUUGGAGCCAAGAUGAGUCAAAGGCUAGUGGGUUAUCCUCUUAAGGCCAGUUUAAUCGCUUAAUCUAUAAGGCCGAGGGGUCUAUUCUUGGUCCCUGGAAAGAGCUUGAUCUCGGGUCGAAGGACGUUGCCAACCAUCUCCAAUUCCAACCACAUAAACUAAUCCAAAAUUUACCCUGAACAUCUGCUCCAUCAGUAUAUCUGCCAUUUCCACAAGUGUUUUGGCCAGAAAAAGAGCCGCAGUAUUCAAUACAAAAAGUUACAAAUGACUUAGCUGGGCUUACCGUAAAAGAAGACAUCGGGAAGUCUAUUCAAUCAUCUUAUGGGCCAUCACUAAACUUAGCAGCAGCUGAAUUCGUUCCAGGAGGCUUUCAAGCAAUCCCGUCUCCUCCAAAGCGCAGCGAAUUGGCUGAAAUACGUGGCCGUGUCGCAGAAAUGGCAAGAGAGCAGGCAGGAUCAAGAUAUACUCAUUUUCAUUAAAUAAAUUUUUUAUAAUUAAUAAGGCGCUUAUUCAAAUAAGAAAAGAAUAUCUUCAGCAAAAGAUGGAAACAGCGAUACCAGAAGACAAACAAAUGAUUUUUGAAGAAGUAUUCAGAGCAGGGUUCGGAUUACUUGUAGACGUCUUUGGAAAUUAUGUCGUCCAGAAGGUUUUAGAAUUUGGGAAUCUAGAGCAAAGAAGAGCAAUUGCUAAUUUAAUGUCUGGCAGAGUAAUUGAGCUAUCUACUCACAUGUAUGGAUGCAGAGUAAUUCAGAAGGCUUUAGAAGUCGUAGAAGUAGACCAAAAAAGAUAUCUGGCUCAUGAGCUUAGAGGACAUGUUGAAAAGUGCGUAGAAGACCAAAAUGCGAACCAUGUUGUUCAGAAAUGUGUUGAAACUUUGCCGUAUCCUUAUAUGAGUUUUAUUGUUGAUGACUUAAGACUAAAUACUAUUUACUGGACAGAGCAUCCUUAUGGCUGCAGAGUUAUACAGAGAAUCAUCGAAUUUUGUCCAAAAGAAGCAAUCAUGGACAUUCUAAAUGCUAUUAUUAGGAAUGCUGUAGAUAUUAGUAAAAAGAACUAUGGAAAUUAUGUCAUCCAGCAUAUUCUUGAUAAAGAAGAAGCUUCAAUUAAAUCGCAGCUGAUUAUGGCUUUUAGUGGAAGACUAUAUGAACUUAGUAAGCAUAAAUUCGCCAGCAAUGUUAUUGAAAAAUGUUUGAGUGCUGGAAACCCUGAACAUAUUCGAGCAUUUUCAAAAGAAUUAUUUGCUCCAGAGCAUGUAUUUGAACUUAUGACUGAUAAAUUCGCGAAUUUUGUCAUACAAAAGACAUUAGAAAUGGCAAGAGGGGAGUUGCAAGCCCAGCUGAUCUUGAAAGUUACUGAACAUUCUGCAGCUUUGAAAACUUUUCCUUAUGGCAGACAUGUUUUAACUUGCUUACUCUCCCUCAGCGAGAAAAUGUUUUGCUCAAUACAGGGUUUAAAUUUUUUUAUUAAAAAUAUAAUAUGAAGAUUAAAAAACGAAAUUCGUAAAAUUAAUUAAUUUAUAAUAAAAUUAUGUUUUAGAAUGAAGCUAUUUAAUUGAAUAGAAUCAGCAGAAGGUAUCAUUUAAAAAUUAUCGCUUAUUAUGCUAACAUAUUUUUUUAUAAAAAGCUUAGGCUGGUCCAUAUAGGGCAGGCUUCCCUCAAAAAGUAGGAUUUUUCCAAUGACUAUUUUGCUUACGGAAACACUGGGAGUUAGAAAAAGUCAAAAAGGGAAUUAUUUAA